AUGGCUCCAAACGAUGAAAUUAUCCAUACUGACGCUAUGCGAAGACCAUGGAGUCGUCGAAGCUAUACUGGAACUCUCGCCUUCAACAUAUGCGCCUUCAUACUGCCUGCUCUUUAUGGAACACUCAGCAAGCUUUGGGUCGCUAAUAUCGAUUCAUCCAUGGUCGUGACUACCGAUGCCUAUACCUAUAUUGGAGUGGUUGCCGAAGUCAUCAAUGAAGGUCUCCCCCGUGCUUCAUGGUUGGUCAUUGGAGACAGAGCAAACAGAUCCAUCUCUGCAAGAUACAGUCUGUCAUUCACACUGAUCAUUGUCCAGAGUAUCCUGGGUCUGAUAAUGUCAAUCACAUUCAUUGGCGCAGCGAAACAAUUUGCGAGUGGUUUUGUUCCUGUCGAAGUACGCACAGCUUCCCUAACAUACGUUCGCAUCUCAGCGUUCUCGUCUCUGUCGUCUGCCAUCGAAACAGCUGUUUCUACUAGCACCAGAGCCCUCGACAAGCCCGAUGUGCCUUUGAUCAUCUCAACAGUCAAAUUCCUUAUCAAUAUCAUUCUCGAUCUCUUGAUCAUCUCCAAGGCCCACGUGGGCAACUUUACACCUACAGUCAACAUGCAGGCUGCUACACAAUUGGCAUGCAACAUGGCUGCUUCCUUCUUAGGUCUCGCCUAUUUUUGCUUCUUCACUUUUGGAACGGACCAGCGGCGGUUUGUCACCAGCCAAGCCGAGUCAAUCCGACCAAGUCUUAGGUGCCUGGUCACACUGGCAAGACCUGGUGCUCUGACCUUCGCAGAGUCUGCCAUCCGCAAUGCCCUAUACUUGUGGCUGGUCAAUGGCAUUGUGGCAAUGGGUUCAGAUUAUGCGACAGCCUGGGGGAUCUUCUCCUCGAUAAGAUGGGGUCUUAUUAUGGUGCCAACAGACGCUGAGAGAAAACCUAGAGCAUCACGACGACAGUUGUACCAUAUCAUCCGCCCAGCUCUAUUGUCCUGUCUUGUCGCAUUGGCAGUCGAGAUACCCCUUUGUAUCUUCAUGUCCGAGUACGGCGCCCGCCACUUCGCAUUCUACCUCUCCGAAUCACAUAUCGUCUCUCAGAUUACUGCAAGGAUGUGGAGAACAAUUGAUUGGUGCUACAUCUUCUACGCUCUGUCUACACAGCUGGCAGCAAUCCUACUCGCCACUCGACCGCGCUGGUACCUUUACCAGAGUCUAAUUUCAAACCUCUUGUGGGUCCUGCCGUGGGCUAUCGUGGUAAGCAAGGCAAACAUUACACCCAGUGAUGCUUGGACGUAUCAUUCGAUUGUCUUCGGAGGCUCUCUCGUCUUCAGCUUCUUUGAUGUUUUGAUCGUGGAUCUUUUGUGGUUGUGGUCAUUGCUGAGAGGAAAGAUGCGUUUGCCGAAGAUAUACUGA